GAGCUGACUGGUAGGACCAGCAGAGGAACAUCUGAGACCCCCCCUCCACUCCUCCACCACACAACCCUCAACACCAGAGCCCCGCUGGACCGACGGACAGGAAAAACAACCCCACAGACUGACAGUGGGUUUGGACAGAGAGACAGAGAGAGAGACAGAGAGACAGAGAGAGAGAGAGAGAGUGGGAGCAUACAGAUUUUGGUUUCCAUGCGUGCUGCAGAGAGAGGAGGUUGUUUUUUUCUUCUGCUGAGCCCCCCUUUUUGUGGAUUUGAAUGAAUGUCUCACUGUUUGUGUGAGUGUGUGUGAGUGAGUGAGUGAGUGUGUGUGUGUGUGGUGCUGAACUGGGUCAUGCGGACCACUGGAGGAGCGAAAGAUAAACACGCACCCUCCUCCCGCCGCUGCUUGGCAGGUUGAGAUGGUGGGCGCUCAGAGGAGGGAUCCCAGCCUGCACGCUGUCCUCAGCUCGGCACCCAGCAUCCCGGUGAUGCUCCUGAUUUAAUCCGCCUACCAAAGCAGAAAGUCACAAACUGAACAGCGGCUCCAGAAAAAAAAAAAAAAAAAAAAAGAAUUAUAAAAAAUAAUAACAGGACGGGGGAGCAUCAUCUCGGGCGCGGAUCUCACCCAAGGCUUAUUGUCAGCAGCGGCGGCAGCAGCAGAAGCGAAAGCGGACCAGAGCGCAGCGGCUCUGCUCGCCGAGCGGAUGCAGGACCAUGGAGGAGAGAGACAGGUCGCCAGCAGUCUGCCCCACAGCGUCAAGGCGAGCCUGUCUCUUUCUCCGUCCGGGCCGGGACGGGUGGGCAGCGGCGGGGGCUCCCCUACGUCCAAGAUGGGCUACUGCGGAGGGGUGCCCGUGGAGGACAUGCAGGCCCUGGCCAUCACCUCUCUGUCGGCAGCAGAUGUAGCCAAGCAAUAUGAGCACAUCCGUGAGCUGGGGAAGGGCACGUAUGGCAAGGUGGACCUGGUGGCGCACCGGACACAGGGUACCAAAAUGGCGCUGAAGUUUGUGACCAAGAACAAGACAAAGCUCAAGAGUUUCCUGCGGGAGUACAGUCUAACAGGCUCACUUAGCUGCAGCCCUUUCAUUAUCAAAGUCCUCGACGUGCUUUUUGAGACGGAAGACAGCUAUGUGUUCGGACAAGAAUAUGCCCCCGCCGGGGACCUUUUCGACAUCAUCCCCCCACAGGUGGGUCUGCCAGAGGAGAUGGUCAAACGCUGCAUGCAACAGCUGGGCCUGGCCCUGGACUUCAUGCACAGUAAAAACCUGGUGCAUCGGGAUGUGAAACCUGAGAAUGUGCUCCUAUUUGACCGCGAGUGCCGCCGCAUCAAGCUGGCCGACUUUGGAAUGACCCGGCGUGUGGGCUGUCGUGUGAAACGGGUGAGUGGCACCAUCCCCUACACCGCGCCAGAGGUGUGCCGCGCUAGCCGCACUGAAGGUUUCCUUGUGACCACCAGUCUGGACGUGUGGGCGUUCGGUGUUCUGGUCUUCUGUAUGCUGACGGGAAACUUCCCCUGGGAGGCAGCGUUGCCGGCCGAUGCCUUCUACGAGGAGUUUCGGCGCUGGCAGAAAGCAGGAUGCCCUGUGGGAACGUACCCGUCCCAGUGGCGGCGCUUCACUGAUGACGCCCUGCGCAUGUUUCAAAGGCUGCUCGCCUCUGAGCCGGAAAAACGCUGUGGAGUCAAGGAUGUCUUCUGCUUCGUCAAGUAUGAGCUGGUCAGCGAGCUCAGGCGCAGAGCAUCUUGCCGAGCCAAGAGAGGGGAGAGGUCCAGCUCGGGAGUGUGCACCGGCAGUUGCACCUCCUCCUCAUCCUCCACUACACCGCGUUCCUCCCACAGACACCCGGAGCCCUCCACCCCUCCGGGAACAUCCUGCCUGCGUCCGGCACCACUCAAACGCAGUGUCCUCUCCGACCCGUUGUCUCCCAGAGAGGAGUCUGGACAGCACCAGUCUCCAGGCCGAGACAAGAACAAAAGCCAGAUGGUGAUGGCAACUGCCAUCGAGAUCUGUGUGUGACCACACUAAUGUUAGCAGUAGAGACUAGAUGGCUUUUCACAGUAAUAACAAGCUGUGAAGAGGUGUUAAUGACUACCACAGAGACUCCAGUGAGAAAGGAGAGGUACUUUAACCAUGAAAGAGAAGCUCAGGAUCACAUCCCCGGCUGUGGAAAUGGACAUCAUCAAUCAGCGGCAAACACAUGGACAGCUUAUCACUGGCACAUGCCGUUUAGGUUUUGAUUUGUGACCAAAGACUGCUUCCCAAGCUGAGAAGCCAUGCUGGCAGUGUCUAAGAGUCCGCUGAUGUCACUCCUCUCAGCAGCUCAUUCUGCCAUCCGGACAUUUGUGUUUUACACUGUGGUGGUGCUAAUGAUUCGACAAUUAGAUACUCCAUAAAGCUGGCAUAUCUGUUCUCACUCAUUAGUCCAUGUCUCUGUGUUUCUGUUAUGUCUAUUUACUUGCUCCAGGGAGGCCAAAGCUUCAAUUGGAGGCCAGUGAUCUGAGGGCAAUCUACGCAAACUACAUCCGACAGCCAUCUCUUCCAACUUCCAAUGCAUAAAAUUUGUCAUAGACUUUUUUCAAAAGAAAAUUGUUUCAAAGAGAAAAAGAGAAAAAAAAAAGUUUUAAUGUAGCAGUUUGUAUGAGAUGUCUUUUCAUGUCGGUGUCUAGACUUAGAGACAGAUUUUCAGUAAUAGGCAUCACCUCAGGACACUUCAGUGGGUCACUUCCUGUUUUAUUAUUAAUGGAAAUCUAUUGAAUGGCUGGAAGACACAUCUGCCACUAUUCCACCUGCUCUCAAUGAAAUUCAUUUCCGGUGUAACACAAUAGAAUACAGGGAUUGUACAUUUUCUGAGUGGGAAAAAAGGUAGCGGAGGAGAGAAGACGAGAGGAAAUGACUUUUUAUUGUUUUCUUUUCUACCUGCCGUGUGUGUUUGGAUGUGUAUGUGUGUGUUUAAAAUGCUAAAGCACAAGAUAUUUUGUAAAGGAGGAGAGCUCUAAGUGAUAACUACGACUCUGUAUUGUAAAUAAUUUCAUAUUUCUAGGAGUGCACCGUAAUAUCAGGUAGUUAAACUAUGUAGCGGUACAAUUUUUUCUACGUCAGGGAAAAGGGGUUUUGGGUUUUCGCAGUUACUGUCGGGGCAAUGCACUGUAUGUAGCAACAAAAUAUGACAGAAUGUACAGUAUAUCACAACAAAUUAAAUAUAUAUAAAUAUGACCUAGAGCCUAUCACAACCUAGAACAUGGUAGCA